GUUGUUUACACAUGUGGCUGCAACUGAGACGCUGGAGCAGCCCAGCAAGCCCAGAGGGUUUUAUACAGCAGAACUCAGUGGGACACUUGGGAGUCUGAGGUCUUAAAAAUAAAUAUGAAUUUAGAUUCCAUUCAUCGAUUAAUUGAGGAAACACAGAUCUUCCAGAUGCAGCAGUCAUCAGUUAAGUCACACUGUGACAUGGUGGCACCUGCCUCACCCACCAGGGAUACCUAUAAUACCUGCUUCCCGUUUUGUGGGCUACAGUCUCAUGCUGCUCACAAUUUAUGUGCACGUUCAUGUAACACCAAUGAAUGGGAUAUUUGUGAAGAACUUCGCCUCCGGGAACUUGAAGAAGUCAAGGCCAGAGCUGCUCAGAUGGAAAAGACCAUGCGGUGGUGGUCGGACUGCACUGCCAACUGGAGAGAAAAAUGGAGUAAAGUUCGAGCGGAAAGGAACAGUGCCAGGGAGGAAGGGAGGCAACUCAGACUACAACUAGAGAUGGCAAUGAAAGAAUUGAGUACACUGAAAAAGAAACAGAAUUUGCCACCUCAGAAGGAGGCAUUAGAAGCUAAAAUCACCCAGGAUCUGAAGCUUCCUGGUUUCGUAGAAGAAUCCUGUGAACAUAGAGAACAAUUUCAAUUUGGUUUUCAAAGGUGUGAGUCUAUCAGAGAGUGUUUAGUAAAAAGACAAUUUUCUACAAAGGAGGAAACAAAUAAUAAGGAAGAAGGAGUGGUUAUUGAUUCUUUAAAAUUAAAUGAGGAGAUGAAACCUAAUCUAGAUUGUGUUGAUUUAUUCAAGAAUGGUGGUUCUGGAAAUGGUGAAAUGAAACCUGGGCUGAAACUGAAAGCAAUAAAUCUGCCUUUGGAAAAUCAAGUAACUGAAAUUGCAGCUUUGCAGGUGCAUUUGGAUGAGUUCCAAAAAGUCUUAUGGAAGGAAAGAGAAAUGCGCACAGCUUUGGAAAAAGAAAUAGAGAGACUAGAGUCGGCUUUGUCUCUGUGGAAAUGGAAGUACGAAGAACUGAAAGAAUCAAAGCCCAAAAAUAUGAAAGAGUUUGACAUUCUUCUUGGUCAUGAAAUGGAGGAGCUAUCAGACAAUAUGAAGGAAGAAUCUAAAUCUCAAAACAGCAAAGACAGAGUGAUUUGUGAGUUAAGAGCAGAGCUAGAGAGACUGCAAGCUGAAAAUACCUUGGAGUGGGACAAGAGGGAAAUACUUGAAACAGAAAAGCAGGGACUGGAGAGAGAAAACAGAAGGCUGAAGAUCCAGGUGAAAGAAAUGGAAGAGCUCUUGGAUAAGAAAAACAGAUUAAGUGCAAACUCUCAAGGUCCUGAUUUCAAGAUGUCACAAAUUGAUCUGCAAGAAAAAAACCAGGAAUUGUUGACCCUUCAACAUGCCUACUAUAAACUAAGCAGACAAUACCAGGCAAAGAUUGCAGAACUGACUCAUGCAAACAACCGAGUGGAUCAAAACGAGGAAGAAGUAAAGAAACUAAGAUUACGAGUGGAAGAACUAAAACAGGGACUCAAGCAAAAAGAUGAUGAGCUUGAUGAUUCCCUGAAUCAGAUUCGUAAGCUCCAGAGGUCUCUGGAUGAACAGAAAGAAAGAAAUGAAAAUUUAGAGACUGAACUCGGGCACUUACAAAACUGGUAAUUAUUUCACAAAAUAUGCUUAAUU